AAAGUACGCCUGGCUGAGAUGCUGAUCGUCUAAAAGUUCUUGCUCCGCUCCUGAACGAAAUAUUGAGUUUAUUUUCUUCUACUUCUGUCAGUGUUCCACGAGAGCGCGAGUCUUUUGUUUCGUCUUCAAUCGGGAACGCGAUAGUUAAUAUGUGAUGAUUGGGUGUUUGUGAAAGUGAAUGUGCAAGGGAUUUCACUUGUGAAUCUUCGUGCAGUUGUUGAGAAGUUUCAUUAAGUAAUAUCCCAUUCGAUUCGAUCGAUCUAGGAGCUUGAUUUUCUUGGAUAUGUCGCAGGAAACAUGAACAGCGUCGCAAGAUCGGAUCAGCACUUAACAGUUGGUACAAAUGCCGUACGCCUCACGUUAUCGAGAAUGGCCUCCAAUCCUGGAACACAAGAACUUGCAAAUUUUCUCGGGAGCCUAGCAUCGCAUCAUCAGCAUCGUCGUCUCGAAAGGACUCAGUCAGCUCCCGCACCCUCCGUUUCGCCAUCUAGCGUCGUUUCUGGGGCGUCCAUCAACAACAACACCUCGAGGUACAAGACGGAGCUAUGUAGACCCUUCGAAGAGUUCGGCGUUUGCAAAUACGGCGAUAAGUGUCAAUUCGCACACGGCGUUGGAGAGUUGAGAAGUCUGGCUCGCCAUCCGAAGUAUAAAACGGAGCUUUGCCGAACAUAUCAUACAGCUGGAUUUUGUCCAUAUGGUCCAAGAUGUCACUUCGUCCAUAAUCAAGAAGAAGCACUGAUGAACGCUAAAGGAAUGUCGCCACCCCUUAUGUUAUCCAGAAAUAGCCUAUCAUCCAACAUUUCAAGGUCGCGACCUGCUGCUCUCAGUCCCAGCUUGUCCUUAGAUAGCCCUAGUCCUCCAUGCAGCCUAAGUCAAUCACCAACCUCCUCCAUGGGUUCUUUCUUCAGCAGCGAACCAGAAUUACACUCUCCAGUUAACGAGGACAGACUACCCGUUUUCAACAGAUUGUCUACAGCUCAGUUGUUACAACUCUCCGAACUUAUGUUGUAAUAUAUAGUGAGGUUUAUCUCAGCCCGAAGCCUUAAAACUCAAGACUCCUAUUUAAUUAAAAACAGUGUCUUAUUUAUGUUAAAUCCCGUCUUUUAGACGGAGUGAUUUCAAUAUUGUGUGAUUUUUAAAUUAUAUUAUUUUUAUAAGAUGCGUUUUGGUUGAUACAGAACGCCUGACUAAUUUGAUACUUUCAGUUUCUUUGAAUUCUUUUGAAUACUGUUUUAUUUAGUAACUUUGGCUUAAACUCUAACUACAGAGGCUAUCUUUCAUUUGUCAAAAUUUCAAGUUUUUAUUUUCUCCUCAAACACACUUCCAAACAUGAGCAACAAUGUUUCUGGAAAGGUUGAUGGGGAUUUGAUUUUAAUUUGAGUUUAUCAAGCGUUCUAGUGUCAACUGAAGCGUUCUACAGCUAGAGGCGAGUUUUUACGAAUGUUGGCAAUUUUCUUUAAUGAAUGUGCAAGUUAGGUUAGGUUUCAGUCAUCGGUCUCGAUUUCUGUAACAUUCCUCCGUGAUCGAAGAUUUAUUUAUUAUUUUUUUUAUUAUACUUUCUCAUGUUUUUCUUCAUUUUUCUUUUUUACUUGUGUGCUUUGUGACCGAUGAGAGAAUAUGAUUUUUUUUGUUAUUUAAACAUUAUUUAAUUUGUGUGUUUUCCUCAUUUGCAACAAGUUUAUGUUUGUAGUUAUUUUAUUAUUAUAAUUUAUAUGUAACUUAUUUAUGGCAAUAUGAGACGAUUGUGCUAGCUGUCAAUGGCGAUAGCAUAUGAUGCGUCCAGUGAAUUUUGUAUAGGGGCGCUAUACCUGCAUAUAUUAUUUAUAUUUAGCAAUGUAUCUAUAUUAAUAAAUUAUAUUUUGUUCUUAAUAAA